UCAGCCAUGAACUACGUGGGGCAACUGGCUGAGACGGUGUUUGGGACAAUGAAGGAGCUAUACCGGGGCCUGAACCCUGCCACGCUGAGCGGUGGCAUUGAUGUGCUGGUGGUGAAGCAGGCUGAUGGCUCCUUCAGGUGUUCACCCUUCCAUGUACGGUUCGGCAAGCUGGGUGUCCUGCGGUCUCGGGAGAAGGUGGUGGACAUUGAGAUCAAUGGGGAGCCAGUGGAUUUGCACAUGAAGCUGGGGGACAAUGGGGAGGCCUUCUUUGUCCAGGAGCUGGAGAGCGAUGAGGAAGACGUGCCUCCUCGUCUGUGCACCUCACCCAUCCCCUGGGGAGGCCUGUCUGGUGUCCCCUCUGACUCCCAGCUUGGCACAGCCAGUGAGCCCGAGGGCCUGGUCUUCAUGGGGAGAAGGAAGAGACGUCGUAGGAGGAAACCCAGGCGGAAGGAGGAUGCUGUGACCACUGACUCCAGUUCAGAGGAGCUGGAGGCAGGCACAGAGAGUGAGCCAUCCCAGCUGGAAAAGCCAAAGCCAGAAUCUCCAGGUGUUCAGUCAGCAGGGGAGUCCUCACUGCAGUCCAAAGACAUCUACCCCUACUCUGAUGGAGAGUUGUCUCCCCAGGCCAGCCUCUCAUCAGGUGGGCUAAUGUCCCCAAAGAGUGACUCGGAGCUGGAGCUGCGGGCCCUGGAGCCCAGUCCCCUAAGAACUGAGUCCCACAUGCAGUGGGCCUGGGGGAGGUUGCCUAAGGUGGCCAAAGCUGAGUGGCCUGAGUCCUUGAUGGUUCCUAAUAGUGGCGCCAAGGCCACCUCUCCUCUCCUGGUGGAGCCCAGCACCUCUUCUUCUUCCUCUGUGGCUGGUGUGGGCCCUUCGGAACCCCCAAUCCUGCAAACAGGAGCCAGUGUUGACCUGCGUCAGCCGGAAGUGGAGUACCACUGGAGAGAGACUCUGGUGGGUCCCCCUUUCCCUACUCCAGAGAACGAGCAAACCAAGACUCAGAACUCCAGAGGUGCAGGCCUCUCUUCUGCUGCUAAAUCAUGGAGCUGGGCCACUCUGGAGGGCCCUGUUCCCGCUGGGCGGCCAGAGAGCUCCGGGGGGAAAGGACCCCUGAAGAGAAGCCAGCACCUGGGCCCCAGUGAUAUCUACCUGGACGACUUGCCAUCCCUGGACUCUGAGAAUGCAGCCCUAUAUUUUCCCCAGAGUGACUGUGGGCUGGGGGCCAGGAGGUGGAGUGAACCCAGCAGCCAGAAGCUCCUGAGGAACCCCACCCCUGAACAUGUGCCAGAAUCCGCUCCAGACUCAGUGGACACAAUAGCACUGUCCCUCUGUGGUGGACUGGCUGACAGUGGGGACAUCUCCCUGGAGAAGUUCAACCAGUACAUCGUCUCCUACCAGGACCUCACCAAAAACCCUGGGCUCCUGGAUGACCCAAACCUAGUAGUGAAAAUCAAUGAGAAGCACUAUAAUUGGGCUGUGGCUGCCCCAAUGAUCCUCUCCCUGCAAGCCUUCCAGAAAAACUUGCCUGAGAGCACGGUGGACAAGCUGGAAAAGGAGAAGAUGCCGCGGAAGGGUGGGCGGUGGUGGUUUUCCUGGCGACGGAGGGACUUCCCAGCAGAGGAGCACAGUGCCCAAAGGGAGAAAACCACAUCCAGAGAGCAGCAGGGAGAGAAGACUGAAGUUUUAAGCAGUGAUGAUGAUGCCCCAGACAGCCCUGUGAUCCUCGAGGCCCCCUUCCCGCCACCUUCCACUCCAGCCUACAUUCCUACCUACAAGAAGUCCCUCCGCCUCUCUUCUGAUCAGAUUCGGUGCCUGAAUCUGCAUGAAGGUGCCAACGAUGUGGUCUUCAGUGUGACCACCCAGUACCAGGGAACCUGCCGCUGCAAGGCCACCAUCUACCUAUGGAAAUGGGAUGACAAGGUGGUCAUCUCUGACAUUGAUGGCACCAUCACCAAGUCAGAUGCUCUGGGCCACAUUCUGCCCCAGCUGGGGAAAGCCUGGACACACCAGGGUAUCACCAGUCUCUAUCACAAAAUCCACCUAAAUGGGUACAAGUUCCUAUACUGCUCAGCACGGGCCAUUGGUAUGGCCAAUCUCACCAAGUGGUACCUGCAGUGGGUGAGUGAAGGUGGCUGUGGCCUCCCAAAGGGCCCCAUACUGCUGUCUCCUAGCAGCCUCUUCUCUGCCCUCCACAGGGAAGUGAUUGAGAAGAAGCCAGAGGUGUUUAAGGUUGCCUGCCUGAGUGAUAUCCAGGAGCUGUUUCUCCCCCAUGGAAAGCCCUUCUAUGCUGCCUUUGGGAACAGGCCCAAUGAUGUCUUUGCCUACCGGCAGGUGGGCCUACCUGAAUCCCGGAUCUUCACAGUCAAUCCUCGGGGAGAGCUCAUCCAGGAGCUCAUGAAGAACCACAAAUCCACGUAUGAGCGGCUUGGUGAGGUGGUUGAGCUCCUCUUCCCGCCUUUGGCCCGUGGCCCCAGCACAGACCUGGCCAACCCUGAAUACAGCAACUUCUGCUAUUGGCGCGAGCCACUGCCUGCUGUAGACCUUGAUGCCCUGGCCUGAGCUUAUGCUGGCUUCCCCUCCGCCCUGGCCUUGCUCAGGACUGACCGGGGGUCUGGGAGUACCCCUGGUACCCUGGCCAGUUGCC